AUGGCUCCCACCACCGUCUUAUGCUCGUGUUCUUAUCUACUCGGAAACUGGAAACUCGCCAACAUCGCCACCGACUUCCGCCGUUCUACUCCCUGGAACAUUCAUUCAAAUGCCAUCAGUGCCAUCAGGACACAAACUCCACUUGAUUUCAAUCCGCACCACAUAUCCGAUGACCUUUUAAACGCUUUACCGGUGGCGCGUGUGAAACAUAUCCCGCCGUGUAUACCGAAAUUCAGCGAGUACACGUCGUGCGAGGAUGUUGACCGAUCUUUAAAGUUUGACCGGGAGAGACUGGUGUAUAGAGAGAGACACUGUCCGGAGAAAUCGGAGGUGUUGAAGUGUAGAAUUCUGGCGCCGUACGGAUACCGGCAACCAUUCCGGUGGUCGGGGAGCCGUGACGCGGCGUGGUAUGCUAACGUGCCGCAUAAGCAUUUGACGGUGGAGAUGGCCGGUCAGAAUUGGGUGCGGUUUAAGGGCGACCGGUUUACUUUCCCCGGCGGCGGAACCAUGUUCCCGAACAGCGCCGACGCCUACAUUGACGAUAUUGGAAAAUUGAUCAAUCUCCGGGAUGGGUCGAUCAGGACUGCCAUCAGUGGCGGAUCCAAGAUAGAAAUUAACCGGGGUCCAUCAUAUUAA